CAGCUGCUUGCUGCCUGGAGAGUCAUGGUGCUCUACAAUACUCGAGAUGGCACUGAAGUCGGCGGAAACUUGGGGAGUGUCACGACACGCGAACGACCUGCCGUCAUACGCACGCAUCAUGGCGUUUUACAGUGGCGAACGCGUAGAGGCCGCAUCGAGCCGCGCGACUAGCGAAAAGGGCUCGGCCAAGGAAGGCGUCGAUCUGCGCGUAGGAGCGCCUACCUCCGCCUCGGAGGGUUCCAAGUCGGACUCUGAGGCUCAAAUCGCCGUUGAAAUUGUGAUCGUUGAGACAUUCGUCCGCCGCCUCGACGCCAUCAUCGAGGCACUGCAAGCGCAGAUGGCGCCGUACAACUCCACGAUGCCGUGCACGUAUCUUGUAUCCUCCUGGCGAGAGAUCGGUGAUCGCAUCGCUGCAAGAGGCCCUUUGGAGCGUCGGAGGGAGGAUACAUCCAGGAACAGCGUCAGUUUAUCCACAGCCUCAAGGGUCCUACAGACCAUAUCACCGGCUACUGGGCUUACACACUGAUACUAGGCUAGGGAGCCGCCCGAAUUCACACAAGCAAGAGCUGCGCCCUCACGCAAGCGAGGGCGAGAGCGCGAGGGUGGCCCAGUCAUCGGUUUAUUGCCGCUUGUUGUU